AUGUCGACCACGGCAGAGGAGCAGGCGAAGCUGGUCGAGACGUCGAAGCGUCUGGCCGCCUACCAGGCUGUCAAGGACUACCUGCUUCCAGAGUACACCAGGGUAGGCAUUGGCUCCGGGAGCACCGUUGUCUACGUGGUCGAGGCGAUUGCCGCGCUCGGGCCCGCCGUCACCUCCAAGAUGGCCUUUUACCCGACGGGCUCCCAAUCCGAGGAGCUGAUCGAGGCGGCCGGCCUGGACCUGCAGUACAUCAGCAAGCUGCCGGCCGGCCGGCAGCUGGAUGUUGCGUUUGACGGUGCCGACGAGGUGGACGACGACCUGAAUCUGAUCAAGGGUGGUGGCGCUUGCUUGUGGCAGGAGAAGAUUGUGGCCGCCAGCGCCAAGCAGUUUGUUUGUGUCGCCGACUUUCGCAAGCUCUCCCCAAGCCUGGGGACGGCGUGGAAAAAGGGAAUCCCCAUUGAGGUGCUCCCCAUGGCUGCUCCGAGGGUUCUCGACGAACUCCAGCGGAUGGGCUCGCAAAACCCCCGCAUACGGCCCGGACUGCCCGGAAAGGCCGGCGCCAUCGUCACGGACAACGGCCUGUGGAUCAUCGAUGCGCCCUUUGCACCGCUCCUGCUCUCCAAGGGCACCGAACCCGGCGACGGGAACAACGGCGUCUGGACUGUUGACGCACUCGCGGAUGCGUUGAUCAAGAUUCCUGGGGUCGCCGAAAUCGGCUUGUUUUAUGGGAAGAACGGGCUACAGGUUGCCAGCGGCGCGCAGAAGCCUGUUGCUGCCUACUUUGGGAUGGCCGAUGGCUCGGUCGAGGUCAGAACGGCGUCGUCUUGA